UGAGCAGGACCAGGACAUGGGGGUCACGGCACAUCCGUGGCGGUGGCAGGGGGGGGGCAUGGCUGAGCUGUAUCCUGGUCCAUCUGUGCCGGGGGGGCCAAGCCCUAAUCCCGCUCUCCUGCCAGGAUGUGCCGGAUGCAGGAUGUGGACUCGCUGGGCAGAGUCACCUGGGGGGCUCCAAAUCCGGCCCCCCCGGCACAGUCUUGAGGGCUUUGCCCUGGAGACGGGGCGAUAGGGGGGUCCCACAGCAGCUCCCCCCGCCAGCCGGCAGCUGGGCCCAAUCGCCGGCCCCACAGAUGGCCCCGGCCAGCCAGUCCCACGCCAUAAAACCCGCAGCCCCUCGGGGCGGCAGUGCCGGAGCCAGCCGGGACGGAGCUGGCGUCCGGGCGGCCCAAGGUGGCCGGUGCAGCGCGGCGUGGCCGGGGGACGGUGCGGCAUGGCUGGGGUGCUGCGGGUGCCCGGUUGGGUCGUGGUAGCCCUGCUGCUCUGGGUGGCCAAGGCAGAAGCAGCCACCGGGCGGUGGUGCGAGCGGACGGUGCAGGUGACGGCGGAGGAGGAGGUGACGCCGCGUCGUGAGGACACGGUGCCCUGUACCAGCCUCUACCACUACAGCCUGGUGGGCUGGCGGAUCGACCGGGACCGCAUGCGCCAAGCCUAUGGUGGGGACCGCGGUGAGCCCCACCGCGACACCCAGCCCGGCUCCGGCACCCCCCUCUGCUACAUCUACAGGCCCCCGGAGACGCGGCCGGUGGUGUGGAACCGCACGGUACGCGCUUGCUGCCAGGGCUGGAGCGGACCCCACUGCACCGAAGGCGAAGGCUUGCUGGGGCGCUGCUACGGCACGUGGCGGUGCCAGGACGCCGCCGGCAGCCGCAACCUCUCUGCCAUGAGCCUGGCCGAGUGCUGCCGGCACCCCUGGGGUCACAGCUGGAGGAACGGCUCCACCGCACCCUGCCUCGCCUGCACCCACCUGCCCCUCGCCGGAGAGGCGUCCCCCCAGCCGUCGCCUGCCGCGACCCAGCGAGGAGCGGCCGCCCGGCACCGGGGCCCCUCCGCCAGCUGCCUCGCCUGGGCCGGAUCCCGCUACCGCACCUUCGACGGGAGGCACUUCCACUUCUCCGGCGAGUGCACCUACAGCCUGGCCGCCGCCGCUGACGGCACCUGGGCCGUCUCCAUCACUGCUGGCAAUCCCCGGGCGCUGCACAUGACCUUCGGGAUGGACACGGUGGCGGCCUGGGGCCGAAACAUCUCCGUGAAUGGCGUGGCAGUGCCGGAGGGACAGCCGUACCUGCACAACGGGAUCAGCGUCACGUGGCUGGGUGACUGGGUGGCCGUGGCGAGUGGGCUGGGCGUGCGGGUGACCUCGGACGGGCGCCAGGCGGUCACCGUGACGGUCGACGCCGAGCAGUGGGGCGGCACACGGGGGCUCUGCGGCCCCUACAACGAUGACCCUGCCGAUGACUUCCUGCGGCCGGGGGGAGACGUGGCCCCCUUUGCCGCCAGCUUUGGCAACUCCUGGAAGAUCCCGGAUGCCGCCUUGGAGCCCGCCUGCAGGGACGCGGCAGAGCUCGGCCUCGGCUGCGCGGCGGGCGACACGGUGCGGCAAGCGGCCGAGGCCCAUCUCGGGAAGCUGCUGGCCGAGCCCUUCCGCCAGUGCCACGGCGAGGUUGACCCCGGUGGUUUUUAUGCGGCGUGCCUGGAGGUGCAGUGCCGGGAGGGGGACGCCGGGUCCUCACCGCCGCCGGCCGUCUGUGACACCUUCGCCGCCUACGCGCGGGACUGUGCCCGGCACCAAACCUACGUCGACUGGCGCCAGCCGGGCUUCUGCGAGCGGCGGUGCGGUGCGGGGAAGCGGUUCUCGGACUGCGUCUCCUCCUGCCCCGCCAGCUGCGCGGCCGUGGGCAGCGCCGAGGAGGGGCCGUGCCGCGAGGACUGCGCCGGCGGCUGCGAGUGCGCGCCGGGGCUCUACCAGGACGGGGGGCUCUGCGUCCCCCCGAGCGCCUGCCCUUGCCACCACCGCCGCCAGCGCUACGCCCCAGGCCAGAGCAUCCGCCAGCGCUGCAAUCAGUGCACGUGCCAGGGUGGGCACUGGCUCUGCAGCCAGGACCGGUGCCCGGGGGAGUGCGCGGUGCUGGGGGGCCGCCACUACGUCACCUUCGACCGCCGGCGCUUCUCCUUCCUGGGCGCCUGCGCCUACACCCUGGUGCAGGACUUCGUGGAGGGGCAGCUGCUGAUCACGGCCGAGCACGAGGCUUGCGACAGCCGCCGGCCCCUCGGCUGUCUCCGGUCCCUUUCCGUCAGUGCCCGCCGGACCUCCGCCCGCCUCCGCGGCACAGGCGAGGUGACGGUGGACGGGCGGGAGGUGACGCUGCCCUUUGCCGGCGCAGAGCUGAGCAUCCGCCGGGCGUCCUCCUCCUUCCUGCUGCUCCAGACCUUCGGGGCCCACGUCCUCUGGGGGCUGGAGACCCCCGCCGCCUACAUCACCCUCCAGCCUGCCUUCGCCGACAAGGUGCGGGGGCUCUGCGGCACCUACAACUGGAACCAGCAGGAUGAGUUCACCACGCCGGCGGGCGACGUGGAGACCAGCAUCACCGCCUUCGCCAACAAGUACCGGGCGUCCGGCGACUGCCCCGUGCUCAGCCCGUUGCCCCUCGAGCCCUGCGGUGCCUUCGCGGGGCGGCGGGAGCUCGCCGAGGCCGCCUGCGCCGUCCUGCACGGCCCUGCCUUCCAGCCCUGCCACCGGGUCGUGGAGCCGGAGCCCUUCCUCCAGCUCUGCCUGCACGAUGCCUGCGCCUGCCGGGGCGGGCAGCGCUGCCUGUGCCCGGUGCUGGCUGCCUACGCCCGGCAGUGCGCCCGGGAGGGAGCCGCGCUCUCCUGGAGGAACCAGAGCUUCUGCGGCGUGCCGUGCGGCGGGGGGCAGCUGUACCUGGAGUGCGGCCGUCCCUGCGGCCAGACCUGCGCCGACCUGCGCCUGGACGGGGGCAGCUCCUGCCCCGACCUGGACGGGCUCUGCAUCCCCGGCUGCAACUGCCCUGCUGGGCUGGUGCUGGCCGAGGGCGGGCAGUGCGUCCCGCCGGGCGACUGCCCCUGCCGCCACGGCACCCAGCUCUACCCUCCCGGCAGCCAGAUCCGCCGGGGCUGCAACGCGUGCAUCUGCGCCGGCGGGUCCUGGCGCUGUGCCGAAGCCCCCUGCCCUGUGGCCGCCCUCUGCCCUGGGGGGCUGGUUCAUGCCCCGGGGUCCUGCCUGCGCCGCUGCGACGGCGCUGAGCCCAACGGCACCUGUGCCGGCAUCGCUGACGGCUGCGUCUGCCCUCCUGGCACCGUAUUCCUGGACGGGCGCUGCGUGUCCCCAGAGGAGUGUCCCUGCCACCACGGCGGGCGGCUGUACCGGCCCAACGACACCAUCGUCCGGGACUGCAACACCUGCGUGUGCCGGCAGCAGCGCUGGCAUUGCGGCCGGGAGGAGUGCGCGGGGACCUGUGUGGCCACAGGGGACCCCCACUACGUCACCUUCGACGGGCGAGCCUUCUCCUUCCCGGGGGACUGCGAGUACCUGCUGGCGCGCGAGACCACCGGCCUCUUCACCGUCACCGCCGAGAACGUCCCCUGCGGCACCAGCGGUGUCACCUGCACCAAAUCGGUGGUGGUGGUGAUGGGCAACACCGUGGUGCACAUGCUGCGGGGGAGGGACGUGACAGUGAACGGGGUCUCGGUUCGACCCCCCAAAAUCUACAGCGGGACCGGGCUGACGCUGGAGCGCGCCGGCCUCUUCCUCCUCCUCCUCCUCUCCCGCCUGGGGCUGGCGGUGCUCUGGGACGGAGGCACGCGGGUGUACGUCCGGCUGGAGCCGCAGCACCGGGGCCGCGUGGUCGGGCUCUGCGGGAACUUCGAUGGCGACGCCGAGAACGAUUUUGCCAGCCGGCAAGGGGUGCUGGAGCCCACCGCCGACCUCUUCGGCAACUCCUGGCGCCUCAGCCUGCUCUGCCCCGAGGUCGACAGCGCCGACGCGCGGCACCCCUGCACCGAGAGCCCCCACCGGGCGACGUGGGCCCGCAGGCGCUGCAGCGUCCUCCGGCAGCGGCUCUUCGCACCGUGCCACGACGCGGUGCCGUGCCAGCGCUUCUACGACUGGUGCGUCUUCGAUGCCUGCGGCUGCGACUCCGGGGGGGACUGCGAGUGCCUGUGCACGGCCAUCGCCACCUACGCCGAGGAGUGCGGCCGGCGCGGCAUCCACAUCCGAUGGAGGAGCCAGCAGCUGUGCCCCCUGCAGUGCGACGGGGGGCUGGAGUACAACGCUUGUGGCCCCCCCUGCCCCCCCACCUGCCGCAGCCUCGGUCGGGAGCCCCCCGAGCACUGCCAGGGCCUGUCCUGUCUGGAGGGCUGCUUCUGCCCCCCGGGGAGGGUCCUGCACGAUGGCGGCUGCAUCGAGCCCGCCGAGUGCCCGUGUUUCUGGGACGGCUUUGCCUUCCCGGCCGGUGCCGCGGUGCAGCAGGGCUGCAAGAACUGCACGUGCGCGGCGGGUCGGUGGCACUGCCCGUCCUCGCCGGAGCCGUGCCCAUCCGAGCCGCGUUGUGCCGAGUGGGAGUUCGCCUGCCGCGCCGACGGGCGCUGCGUGCCGGGCGCCUGGGUCUGUGACAACGAGGAGGACUGCGGGGACGGCUCGGAUGAAGUCUGCGCCCCGCGCUGCGCCCCGCACCAGCACCGCUGCGCCGGCGGGCAGUGCCUGGCCUGGGGCGCCCGCUGCGACGGCGUGCCCGACUGCCCCGACGGCUCCGACGAGGACGGCUGCCCCCCUCCACCUGCACCCCCCCCCGAGUUUGGCUGCGCCAGCGGCCGCUGCCUCCCCCCGGGACGCGUCUGCGACGGAGAGCUGGACUGCGGCUUCGCCGACGACUCGGAUGAAGCAGGCUGCAGCCCGACCUGCGACGCAGGCGAGUUCCGCUGCGCGGUGGGCCGGUGCGUGCCAUACCCUCACCGCUGCGACGGUCGCGACGACUGCGGUGACUUCAGCGAUGAACGCGGCUGCGUCUGCCCCCCCGGCCACUUCCAGUGUCCCGAUGCCCGGUGCCUGCCCCCAUCCACCGUCUGCGAUGGCCACCGCGACUGUGCCAAUGGCACCGACGAGGCUUUCUGCCCAGACCGGGUGACCUGCGCCCCCGGGCAGCUGCCCUGCCCCGACGGCUCCUGCAUUGGCGAGGCCACGGUCUGCGACGGCCACCACGACUGCCGGGAUGGCUGGGACGAGAGCCCGGCGGGGUGCGCGGCGGCACUGGCCGCUGCCGUGCUCACCACCCCCGCCAACGCCUCGGCUGUGCCGGCGUGCGGCCCCUACGCCUUCGCCUGCGGGAGCGGGGAGUGCACGCCGCGGGGCUGGCUCUGCGACGGCGAAGCCGACUGCCGCGACGGCAGCGACGAGCUGGGCUGUGCCGGCGGCUGCGAGCCCGGACGCUUCCCCUGCGCCCACGGCACCGACUGCGUCCCCUACGGCCACCUCUGCGACGGCGUCCCCCACUGCCGCGACCGCUCCGACGAAAGCACCGACCGCUGCGGCUCAACCGCCAUCCCGCCGUGUCCGGGGCACUUUGCCUGCGACGAUGGCGUGUGCCUCAACACAUCGAGGGUCUGCGACGGUGCCACCGACUGUCCCCGGGGCGAGGAUGAGCUGGCCUGCGAAAGCCACGUCCCCACCGGUGGGAGCAACCGGACGGGGGGACCCUGCGCCGAAUACACCUGCGGGGAGGACGAGUGCGUCACCUUCCAGCAGGUGUGCGACGGGGUGCCGGACUGCGGGGCCGGGGGGGGACCACCCCAGGACGAGCAGGACUGUGGGGUCUGGGGGCCCUGGGGGCCCUGGGGUGCCUGUACCCGCUCCUGCGGCCCCGGCUUGCAGCAGCGCACACGGGGCUGCCAUCAGCACCGACCCGGCGUGCUGCACCGGUGCCGCGGUCAGGCCGCGCAGGAGCAGCAGUGCUUCAGCAUCGCCUGCCCCGUGGACGGCGCCUGGAGCGAGUGGGCGACCUGGUCCAACUGCACGGGGGGCUGCGGUGGGGUGCGGCUGCGGCGGCGGGACUGCCGGCCCCCCCAGAACGGUGGCCGCCACUGCGCCGAGCUGCCCGGCGCGUCCCCCGCCACCCUCGAAAUGGGCGCCUGCGAGCCGGGGGGCUGCCCCAACGCCUCCGCCUGCCCCGGGGGGCUGCGGCCCCGGUCCUGUGCCCCCUGCCCCGCGUCCUGCGCCGACCUCGCCGCUGGCGCUAAGUGCCGGCAGGACCGACCCUGCAGCCCAGGGUGCUGGUGCGCGGCGGGGCUGGUGCUGGAUGCCGGCAGCGGCCGGUGCGUGCGCCCGCGGGAGUGCCCCUGCCAGGUUGGGGGGCUGCGGUACCGGCCGGGGCAGCCGGUGAAGGUGAACUGCCGCCUCUGCACCUGCCUGGACGGGCAACUGCGGCGCUGCCGCCAAAACCCCGACUGCACCGUGCACUGCGGCUGGUCGGCGUGGUCGGCGUGGGGCGAGUGCCCGGGUCCCUGCGGCUCCCAGAGCGUCCAGUGGUCCUUCCGCAGCCCCACCAACCCCAGCCGGCGCGGCGGCGGCCGGCACUGCCGCGGCAUCUACCGCAAGGCCCGCAGGUGCCAGACGGCGCCGUGCCGGCAGUGCCAGUACCAGGGCCGGCGGCGCGCGCCGGGGGAACGCUGGCGCGGGGGGCCCUGCCACGUCUGCCAGUGCCUGCCCAGCCUGGCCGUCCGCUGCUCGCCCUACUGCCCCCACCGUGCCGCCGGCUGCCCCCAGGGCCGGGUGCUGGUGGAGGGCCACGGGGACUCCUGCUGCUACUGCGCCCCGGCGGGUGACAACGGGACAGCCACCCCCCCCACGCUGACAACGGAGCCCCCCUCCACGACGCCGGCAGAGCCCCCCGGCAGCCCCCUCCUCACCUUCCCGCUGCCUCCCCUUGGCGAUCCCUGCUACCGCCCGCUGGGCAUCGCCUCCCUGCCGGACAGCAGCUUCGCCGCCUCCUCGGAGCAGGCGGGGACCCCUGCCCACGCUGCCCGCCUCCACGGCGGUGACCCCGGGCAGGAGCUGCGGGGCUGGGCCCCCCCAGACGAUGCCUACCCGGCGCUGCUCUCCGAGCCCCCCUUCCUGCAGCUGGACCUGCUGGAGCCCACCAACAUCACCGGGGUGGUGGUGCAGGGAGCCGGCUCCUCCGACGCCUUCGUCACCGCUUUCCUGCUGCGGUUCAGCGCCGACGGCACCCGCUGGCACCGCUACCGCGAGGUCACCGCCGACGGCCGGCCUGAGGCCAAGCUCUUCCAGGGUAACUGGGAUGCCGGCACGCCAGCGGUGCGGCUGCUGGGCCGCAUGGUGCAGGCGCGGCACGUCCGCAUCCUCCCCCAAGACUUCCACAACCGCAUCGUCCUGCGCGCAGAGCUGCUGGGCUGCCCCCCAGUGCCCCCUGCCCGGCUCGGGGCCGUGACGGUGCCGGUGCCAGUGAUGCCGGUGCCCGUGAUGCCGGUGCCGGUGCCAGUGACGAUGCCGGUGGUGCCAGUGACUAUGCCGGCGACGCCAAGCCAGCGCCCCUGUGGCGUGGGGGAGUUCCGGUGCGGGAACGGGGGCUGCGUCCCCGGGGGUCCCCACGGCGCCCUGUGCGACGGCGUCGAUGACUGCGGGGACCUCUCGGACGAGCUGCCCUGCGGGCUGGCCCCCCCGGUGACCACCCCGGUGCCCGGGCUGUGCCCGCCGUCCCACUUCGCCUGCCCGGGCUCCGGCGGCUGCCUCCCGGCAUCCCAGAGGUGCGACGGCAUCGCCGGCUGCCCCGACGGUGCUGAUGAGGCCGGCUGCGAGACCCCCGGCACUGGCAGCCCCACGAUGCCCGCGGCAGCCAGCGUCCUGGUGCCGACCACCCAGCCGCCAUCGGUGCCCCCGGCCACGGCGUCCCCGGGGACGGGCACCCGGCUGACCCCCAAAGGUGCCGAGCCCACCCCCCCAGGUCCCGCGCUGCCCCGGCUGCUCUGUCCACGGGGCCAGUUCACCUGCGGGGUGCUGGGCUGCCUGGAUGCGGCCCUGGUCUGCGAUGGGCGCCAGGACUGCCUGGAUGGCUCGGACGAGGCGCGCUGCGGCGGCCCCCCCCACCUCCACCAGCACCCCAGCCUGGCCCCCCCCCCACCUGCCCCCCCAAGCAGUUCUCCUGCAGCAGCGGGGGCUGCCUGCCCCCCGAGAAACGCUGCGACCUGCACCCCGACUGCCCCGAUGGCUCCGAUGAGCGUGACUGCGCCGACUGCAUCCUGUCCCCCUGGGGCGGCUGGGGUCCCUGCAGCAGCUCCUGCGGGCUGGGGGUCACCCUGCGCCGGCGGGCGCUGCUGCGGGGGGCCCUGCCCGGGGGGGGGCUGCGCCCGCCCCCGCCUCGACACCCGCGCCUGCUUCCUCCGCGCCUGCCCAGUGCCCGGUGGGUGGGCGGCCUGGGGGUCUUGGUCCCCCUGCGAUGCCGAGUGCGGGGGGGGGCGUGCGAGCCGUACACGGAGCUGCAGUGAUCCCCCCCCCAAGAAUGGGGGGCAGCCCUGCCUCGGGGACACCCUCCAGAGCCAGCCCUGCAACCUGCAGCCCUGCGGGGAGCCCCCAGCCUGCGACCCCCAGAUGGUGUUUGUGGGGGCCAGGGGCUGCGAGGGGGUGCGAGUGCCCCCCUGCCCCCAGACCUGCGGGGACCUGAGCACCAACAGUACCUGCCCGAGCCCCUGCCAGGAGGAGAAGUUGGUCGGCAUGGCGACUCGGUGUGGAUUUGGAUGGAGCUGGAGCAGGGGGGGCUGCGUGCCCCCCGCGCAGUGCCGCUGCCUGCACCCCGGUGGGCAGGGCGGCCCCCCGACCCUGGCUGCCGGUGACACCGUCCUCCUGGGCUGCAAGGAGUGCGUGUGCCAGAACGGGACCCUGCAGUGCAGCAGCGAGGGCUGCCAGGGGCUGCUGCCGCUGAGCCCCUGGUCGGAGUGGACGCCCUGCGGCCCCUGCCUGCCCCUGCCCACGCUCGGCCCCGGCACCCUCGCCCAGCUGCUGGCCCAGCCGGGGCGGUGGCAGCCGGCGGAGGGGACGCCGGCGGGGGUCUCGGCCCUGGCUGCGGUGCAGCAUCGCUACCGAACCUGCCUGGACCCCCAGACCGGGCUGCCCUGGGCCGGCAGCGGGGCCGCCUGCUCGGGGCCGGCCCAGCACGUGGCCUCGCGCCUGAGGCCGUGACGGCCGUGUCCCGCAGACCUGUGCCUCUGGAGCCCCUGGGGUCCCUGGGGGCCCUGCCGGGACCCCUGCAGCGGGGGCUACCGCCUGCGCCAGCGCCAGCCCCAGCACCCGGCCGCCGGCCGGCACUGCCGCGGCGCCCACUCCCAGACCGAGAGCUGCAACACCGCCGUCUGCCCAGGGGAGGAGUGCGAGGAAGAGCGCGGGCGAGCCUUCGCCGCGUCCUGCGCCAACGGCUGCCCCCGCGCCUGCGCCGACCUCUGGCCCCACGUCGAGUGUCUGCAGGGACCCUGCAAGCCGGGGUGCCGGUGCCCCCCGGGGAAGCUGCUGCAGGACGGGGCGUGCGUGCCCAUCGCCGAAUGCCGCUGCGGGCUGCCCGCUGCCAACAGCAGCCGGGAGCUCCGGCCAGGGCAGGUGGCCGAGCUGGAAUGCCACAACUGCACUUGUCGGAAUGGGACCUUCGCCUGCCCGGCUGCGACGUGUCCCUCCUACGGGCCCUGGUCCCCGUGGGAGCCCUGCUCCCGCAGCUGCGGCGGUGGCAACACCUCCCGGCACCGCAGCUGCCAGGAGAGCGCCGGGGGGGUGCCCUGUGGUGCCACCGGCACAGAGGAGAUGGCCGAAUGCAACAUGCAGCCCUGCCCUGCCGGCUGCCAGCUGAGCCCCUGGUCCCCAUGGAGCCCCUGCAGUGCCAGCUGUGGCGGUGGCACCUCCGAGCGGCAUCGGGAGCUGCUGCCGGGGCCGGGGGGCCAGGAGGAGCCGUGCCCCCUCCUGCCACUGCUGCUGCAGCGCAUCUGCAACGCCCGCAACUGCUCGCCGGAGUGUCCCAGUGGGCAAGUGUACGGGGACUGCGCCAACGCCUGCCCCCGCACCUGCGCCCACCUCCGCCCGGGGACGCGGUGCCUGCCGGAGAGCUGCCAGCCCGGCUGCGCCUGCCCACCCGGCCAGGUGCUGCAGGAUGGCACCUGCGUCCCCCCCGAGCUGUGCCGCUGCCGGCUGCCCCCCACCCUGCCCGGGGCCCACAACCUCUCGCAGCAGCAGGAGCACGCGCCGGGCAGCCGCAUCCAGCACCGCUGCAACAGCUGCAUCUGCAUCCGCGGCACCUUCAACUGCUCCCAGGAGGACUGUAACGUGGACUGCCUGUGGUCCCCGUGGUCACCCUGGUCCCCCUGCUCGGUGACGUGCGGAACGGGUGAGCGGCUCUCCCGCCGGCACCCGCUCCGGCAGCGCCUCUACGAGGGAGCAGAGUGCCUGGGGCCCCCCACGCGCCGGACCCCCUGCAGCCUCCCCGACUGCCCCUGUCCGAUGGGCGAGCGCUGGCAGGGCCCCGACGCGCCGGACGGCUGCGAACGAAGCUGCCAGGACAUCCUCGGCGAGACGCCACGCAACUGCAGCGGGCCCCCGGCCCCCGGUUGCGCCUGCCAGCCCGGCCACUACCGCAACAGCACCGGCCACUGCGUCCCGGCCGCCCUCUGCGAGUGCCGGCACCGGGGGCAGCUCCACGAGGCUGGCAGCGAGUGGCAGGAGGAGUGUGAGACGUGCCGCUGCGUCAACGGGCAGGCUGCCUGCACCGCCGGCUGCCCCCCCCUCGCCUGCCCCGAGGGCGCGGUGAAGGUGCGGGAGCCCGGCGGCUGCUGCCCCGUCUGCCGGGAUGAGUGGCCGGAGGAGCCGCCCUCCACGUGCCGGCGCUUCACCGAGCUGCGCACCAUCGCCAAGGGGCCCUGCGCCCUGCCCGACGUCGAGGUCAGCUACUGCGCCGGGCGCUGCCGCUCCCGCACCACCGUCACCGCCGAGGAGCCGUACCUGCAGAGCCUCUGCGAGUGCUGCAGCUACCGCCUGGACCCCGCCAGCCCCGUCCGCAUCCUGCGCCUGCCCUGUCCCGGCGGCCACGCCGAGCCCAUGGUGCUGCCCGUCAUCCGCAGCUGCCAGUGCAGCAGCUGCCAGGGUGGGGAUUUUUCCCGGCGCUGAGGAGCCCCCCCCCGCAGCUGGAUGCAUCCCCUCCCCAUCCCCAGCAGCAGCGGUGGCACCCCCGGGAUGCUCCGGUGCUCUGGGCCCGCAAUAAACCUGCG